AUGUCGCACUACGCCCUUCGUAAAGUGCAAGCAGACAGUCACUACGGCCUGCCUCAGCGGCAACCGUCAACCGCCUCAACAGUGUCCUCUGCCUAUUCUGCCGCAUCGAGCGCGUAUCUUCCUAGUCGGACGAGCACGGUGACCUCGACAAGUUCCAGUCUCUAUUCAAAAGGCUCGCCCGGGCACAAGAGGGGGAUCAGUGAGGCGGGUGAGAUGACUCCAACUCGGACACAGCGCAGCCAGAACAGCGUGGAAAACAGCCCCGACCAUGUGUAUCGGAACAUUCGCCAGAGCUUGAGGCCUCUCCCACAGGCGCCAUCUCCAAAAGCAACCUCCACCACCCGAAAGCCCAGUAACCAUCAUACUCGCUCUCAAACCGUCGACCGCUUUCCCCAAAGCCACUCCGAAGACCCGUUCGUCGACAAACGUGAGAAUGAGCAUCAUGACGAGAUGAAACAGUCAAUGCCACACCUUGCCCAUACUGUUACAAGCCCUCACGCAUCCACCUUCAAGGCCCCGGAUAUACAAGAGCUGCAAAAGUCGUCUACCUCGCAUCUGAGAACCCUGUCAAGGUUUGCCCAAGAAGCUGAUGCCGAAGAGUUUGGAAUUACCGCAAGUGGCCAUUCGGUGGUUGGACUACACAAUCGGAGACAACUGAAGCGUGCCGAUUCUGUGGCGCCAGGUGGUCGCUCGAUAGCUAAAAGCUAUGGAUGGGGUGACAGAAAUUGGAUGGACAAACAGCGACAGUUUCUGCAGGCCUACGAGUAUCUCUGCCAUGUUGGCGAGGCAAAAGAAUGGAUCGAGGACAUCAUCGGCAAACCGAUCCCUCCAGUUGUGGAACUGGAAGAAGCACUGCGCAAUGGAGUGACUCUGGCAGAGAUUGUCCAAGCUUUCCACCCUGACCAGACGUUGAGGAUCUUCCGCCAUGCCAAAUUGCAGUACAAGCACUCCGACAACAUCGUUAUGUUCUUUCGAUUCCUUGAAGAAGUUGGCCUACCAGACCUGUUCCGAUUCGAAUUGAUUGAUCUGUAUGAGAAGAAGAACAUCCCCAAGGUCAUUUAUUGCAUCCAUGCUCUGUCAUGGCUUCUCUACCGGAAAGGGAUGGUCGACUUUCGGAUUGGCAAUCUCGUCGGCCAGCUCCAGUUCGAGCAUCACGAAUUGGAACAGACUCAACGUGGCCUCGACAAGGCAGGCGUUAGUAUGCCUAGCUUCUCGGGCAUGGGGGCCAGUUUUGGUGCUGAACCGGAGCCCGAACCAGUCGAAACAGAGGAGGAGCGGAUUCAACGAGAAUUGCAAGAGCAAGAAGCGGCCAUCGUGGACUUUCAAAAUCAGAUACGGGGAGCGGUAGUUCGAAUGCGACUGGGGAGCAUGAUGCAACAGCUGUGGGACUCGGAGGGUUCGUUGAUUGAGCUUCAAUCCCUCAUCCGCGCCGAUUGGGCCAGACAAGUUGUCGGCUAUCGACUUCAUAUGCAACGGUUUGCCACCAGGCUCCAAGCCGGAGCUCGAGGCUUUCUAGCGCGUUCCAAUCAACGGAGGAGAGAAGCAAACUGGAAGUCCAGCGAGAAGGAUGUUCUGAAGCUCCAAAGCCUUUUCAGAGCUGGCAAGGCCCGGGCCGAAUCACGGACACUGAGAUCACAAGUUCGCAAACAUGAUGCCGGUAUUCGUAACCUUCAAGCCGCCAUCCGAGGCGCUCUAUCUAGGCGAGACGCUUUCGACCAGUACGAAGCCACAAGGUCAACAGAAAGUGAAGUCGUCUUUUUGCAGGCCAGUGUCAGAGGUAUGCUGGUGCGGACCCAACUUCAGAAGGCUCAUGCGACUUUGCAGAGACAGACUCAGGCGAUUACACAAUUCCAAGCUUACUCACGGUCACUACUCACCAGAAUCCGCCAUGAUAAGCUUCUGGACACCCUUCAUCAAUACUCACCCAAAUGGACUGCAUUACAAGCUGUAGCCCGAGCCGGUCUGAUACGACAGGAGCUGGCAAGCUUGAGGCGGGAACUGAGAUCUGCAUCAGCAUCAGUAGUCGUGUUCCAAGCCAUUCUUAGAGGCGCAAACACGAGGGAGGCUUACAGCUCGCUAAGGCUCUCAUUGAUGAGACAAUCAGCAGCGAGCAUUCCACUUCAAGCUGCGAUCCGAGGUUUUCUGCUACGAGGCAGCCUGGACAAGCAACAGAAGCAGUUGGCCUUGCACGCUCCCAAACUAGUGCAUUUACAAGCGCUCUCGCGAGGCGCAAUGGUACGGUUGCAGAUUGCAGACACACUCAACGAACUGGAAGACAACCAAGAGCCGGUGGUGCGUUUCCAAGCUGUUGCUCGCGCCAUGCUGUGUCGGAUCGGCGUGGCCGACCUACUCGCAGAGUUGGACGGCCAUGAAGAAGCCAUCAUCGAGCUGCAGGCGCUGAUGAGGGCCGCAGCUAUCCGAGCCCAGUUCGCGGAGAAAAAGCGCUACUUCAAAGAAAAUAUGGAAAAGGUGGUCAAGAUCCAAAGUGUGGUCCGAGCAAAGAUUCAAGGUAAGGCCUACAAGAGCCUGACUACUGGCAAGAAUCCACCCGUCGGAACUCUCAAAGGUUUCGUGCACCUCCUGAACGACAGCGACUUCGACUUCGAAGAAGAAAUCGAGUUUGAGCGGCUGCGCAAGACCGUGGUCCAACACGUGCGGCAAAACGAGCUUGCUGAUCAGUACAUCACCCAGCUGGACAUCAAGAUCGCGCUUCUGGUCAAAAACAAAAUCACCUUGGACGAGGUGGUCAAGCAUCAGAGACAUUUUGGUGGCCACGUCGGGUCACUUCUGCCGAACUCUGAUAUUGCUUCGAAGGACCCAUUCGACCUGAAAGCCCUCAACAAGACGUCACGUCGGAAGCUCGAACAUUACCAGGAACUAUUCUUCCUGCUCCAAACGCAGCCCCAGUACCUGUCGAGACUGUUUAGGCGUAUCAGGGAGCAAGCCACAGCUGAAAAAGAGUGCGAUCGUAUCAGACACCUCGUCAUGGGACUAUUUGGCUAUGCGCAAAAGCGACGAGAAGAGUACUAUCUUGUGAAGCUGAUAGUGCGGUCCGUCAAGGAAGAGGUUGAUUGCUCGCUGUCUCUGCAAGACUAUCUGAGAACCAACUCAUUCUCAAACAAGCUCUUUGCGGCUUACAGCAGAUCUCCCCGCGACCGCAAAUUCCUCCGCGACGUUCUAGGUCCGUUAGUCAAGGAAAACAUCAUUGACAACGCGACUCUAGACCUGGAAAGCGAUCCUCUUCAGAUCUAUCUGUCCGCCAUUAACAAUGAGGAGCUGAGAACCGGCCAACGAAGCCAACGAGAUCCCAACGUGCCCCGAGAGGUGGCCAUCCGCGACCCCGAAACCCGGGCCACGUUCAUUGCCCAUAUGCAAGACCUUCGCGAUAUCACGGACCAAUUUUUCCUGUGUUUGGAAGAUUGUCUGCACCGGAUGCCGUUUGGAGUCCGGUUUGUCGUGCAGCAGACACAGGAAUAUCUCCUGGCGCGGUUCCCCGGUGAAGAUGGGGAAUUUGUGCUUCAACUGGUCGGACAAUGGCUCUGGCGCCACUACCUGCUACCUGCGCUGGUGGAGCCCGAGAAAUUCGGAGUCGCCGAUCGAGCCAUGACCCAAGAACAGAAGCGGAAUCUGGGGGAGAUCGCUAAGGUGUUGAAUCAAGCAGCGUCGGGACGAGAAUUUGGAGGGGACAAUGUCUAUCUUCAGCCGUUGAACAACUAUAUCCGCGAGGCUAUUGGGCGGUUCCGGGUGCUCUGGAAGCAUGUCGUCUCGAUUUCAACGGCGGAAGAACAUUAUGACAUUGACGAGUUCAAUGACCUGUAUGCUAAGACGAAACCGACGCUGUACAUCAAAAUGUCCGACAUCUUCUCGAUCCACAAGCUGCUCUCUCAGGAAACCAGCGUCAUCUGUCCCAGUCAGGACGAUGUUCUUCGCGACAUCCUCAGGGAGUUGGGUAGCGUCCAAAGCAACGAAAGCGAGCUUCGGGGGGUGAGCUCCAGCGAAAUCAGCCUGACCCUCACGCCCAAAUUGCUCAAUACCGAGGACCAUGACUCGGAAGUCAAAGCUUUGUUCACCGAGACCAAACGUUGUGUGCUCUACAUCAUUCGUGUGCAGUCCGGCGCCAAUCUGCUCGAGAUCCUCGUCAAGCCGGUCAGCCAAGAGGAUGACGAAAAGUGGGAGGCUUUGGUCCGUGAAGAGCUGGGGCCGGGAAACAAGCGUCACGGCGCGUACACAGAUGCCAGCAGCCAUCUCGACAUCAGCGCACUAUCAUACCGCGACCUCAAACGGAUUGCCCUGGAGAAUGUGCUGCAACUCGAAUCGUUGGGCCGUCUGACCCGGAACAACCAGUACCAAGAUCUUCUCAACGCCAUCGCGGUCGACAUCCGUACCAAACACCGCCGCCGGCUACAGCGCCAGCGCGAACUGGAAAAUGUCCGGACCACCCUGGCCCGGUUGAACGAACAAGCCGUGUAUCUCGAGCAACAACUCAAGACGUACAACGACUACAUUGAGCAAGCGAUGGUGACGCUUCAGAACAAGAAGGGCAAGAAACGGUUCGUCAUGCCCUUCACCAAGCAAUGGGACCACGAGAGAGAGCUUCAACGCUCCGGACGGUCCUUCAAAUUCGGAUCCUACAAGUACUCGGCGCGGACCCUGGCGGACAAGGGAGUGCUGGUGCAGUGGCGUGGGUACAACGAACGACAAUGGGACCGUGUGGACCUGACCAUUUCCUCCAAUGAAGUCGGGGUGUUUACCAUCGAUGGGAGCUCUGGCAACAUGAUGAUCCCGGGAGCGAAUGCCCAAGUACCGCUGGACGAUCUGCUGCAGGCUCAAUUCAACAACACACAAUUUCUGGAGUUCUUUGAGGGGGCGCUUCGGGUCAACGUCAACUUGUUCUUGCACCUGAUCAUGAAGAAAUUUUAUAAUGAAUGA